AAAGACGUGACGACUGGCUUGACGACAAGGGUAUUUCCUUCUUAACAUGUACUUUCAUUUUUCCUUACCUUCGUGCUUCUCCUGUCUGACGCUGAUCAUCUCUGCGUGAAGCUUCAUGUGAAGUCCGGAAAUGAGCAGCAGCAGAGUUGUUUUUCAGCAGCGGAACAAGAGUCGUUAUUUCUGUGGAUCCACUUGCUGAUGAUUAAAGCAUGGAUCAGUGUGAGAACAGAGAGGAGGGAGUCUCUUCCUCUAAAACCACUCCAUGUGGGGAACAUGAGAGCCAGACCAAAGCUCACAGGACUCAACGUGGAUCUAAACGUAAACCUGAAUCUGGACCUGAACUCAGCGUUGUGUCCUUACAGAGUAACAGGUCAAAACGUUCUGUCGUCGAUUUUAAAGGUCAACCUUCUGCUGCUAAAACCAUGGAUCAGUGUGAGAACAGAGAGGAGGGAGUCUCUUCCUCUAAAACCACUCCAUGUGGGGAACAUGAGAGCCAGACCAAAGCUCACAGGACUCAACGUGGAUCUAAACGUAAACCUGAAUCUGGACCUGAACUCAGCGUUGUGUCCUUACAGAGUAACAGGUCAAAACGUUCUGUCGUCGAUUUUAAAGGUCAACCUUCUGCUGCUAAAACAGUGGAGCAGGAGAGCUCAGAGGUUCCCAGUGGUCAGUCUGCCCAGCAACAUCAAACAGGCAUGGACCUGGACUCCGUAUUUUUGCUCCUGGAGAACAACAUUGUUACUUUUGUGAAGAACGAGCUGAAGAAUAUCCAGAAGGUUCUGAAUCCAGAUCAACCAGAAAACUCAGAGAAAGCGAGGGAAGAUGAGGAGGUGUUAGAGGGUGAGGAUGAAGAACAGAGUAGGAGCAGCAGAGAGGCAUUUGUGAAGAUCACACUGCACUUCCUGAGGAACAUGAAUCAAGAGGAGUUGGCUAAUCGUCUGCAGAGCAGAACUUCCUCUAAAGGUGUACAGUGGGGUCAGCGUGCACUUAAAUUAAACCUGAAGAACAAGUUCCAGUGUGUGUUUGAGGGGAUUGCUAAAGCAGGAAACCAAACCCUUCUGAAUCAAAUCUACACAGAACUCUACAUUACACAGGGAGGGGCUGCAGAGAUCAAUGAUGAACAUGAGAUCAGGCAAAUUGAAACAGCAUCUAGGAAACUUGACAGUCCAGAAACAGCAAUCACACAAGAAGAUAUCUUUAAAGCCUUACCUAGAGGAGAUAAACCCAUCAGAACAGUGCUGACAAAGGGGGUGGCUGGCAUUGGGAAAACAGUGCUAACACAGAAGUUUACUUUGGAUUGGGCUGAAGACAAAGCCAAUAAGAACAUUAAAUUCACAUUUCCAUUCACUUUCAGAGAGUUGAAUGUGCUGAAAGGGGUAAAGUUCAGCUUGGUGGAGCUUGUUCAUCAUUUUUUUACUGAAAUCAAGGAAGCGGGAAUCUGUAGCUUUGAAAACGUCCAGAUCGUGUUCAUCUUUGAUGGCCUUGAUGAGUGUCGACUUCCUCUGGACUUUGAGAAAUCUAAAAUCAUAACUGACUCUGCGAAGUCCACCUCAGUGGAUAUACUGCUGACAAACCUCAUCAGGGGGCACCUGCUUCCAUCUGCUCGCCUGUGGAUAACCACACGACCUGCAGCAGCUAGUCAGAUCCCUCCUAGAUAUAUUGACAUGGUGACCGAAGUCAGAGGGUUCACUGACCAACAGAAGGAGGAGUAUUUCAAGAAGAGAUUCAGAGAUAAGAAGCAGGCCAAGAGAAUCAUCUCCCAUAUCAAGAUAUCACGAAGCCUCCACAUCAUGUGCCACAUCCCAGUCUUUUGCUGGAUCACUGCUACAGUUCUAGAGGAUGUGGUGAAAACCAGAGAGGCAGGAGAGCUGCCCAAGACCCUGACUGAGAUGUACAUCCACUUCCUGGUGGUUCAGACAAAAGUGAAAAAGGUCAAGUAUGAAGGAGGAGCUGAGACAGACCCACACUGGACUCUAGACAGCAAGAAGAUGAUUGAGUCACUUGGAAAACUGGCUUUUGAGCAGCUGCAGAAAGGCAACCUGAUCUUCUAUGAAUCAGACCUGACAGAGUGUGGCAUUGAUAUCGGCGCAGCCUCAGUGUACUCAGGAGUGUUCACACAGAUCUUUAAAGAGGAGAGAGGACUGUACCAGGACAAGGUAUUCUGCUUCAUCCAUCUGAGUGUUCAGGAGUUUCUGGCUGCUCUACAUGUCCAUCUGACAUUCGUUAACUCUGGAGUUAAUAGCCUGGAAGAAAAACAAACAGUUUCUCAAAAGUCUGAUAGAAGUGAGUCUGUAGAAAAAUACUUCUACCCAAAUGCUGUAGACAAGGCCUUACAGAGUCCACAUGGAUACCUGGACCUGUUCCUUCGCUUCCUCUUGGGUCUUUCACUGCAGACUAAUCAGACCCUCCUACAAGGUCUCCUGACACUGACAGAAGAUAGCUCACAGACCAAUCAUGAAACAAUUCAGUACAUCAAGAAGAAGAUCAGUGAAAAUCUGUCUGCAGAAAAAAGCAUCAAUCUAUUCCACUGUCUGAAUGAACUGAAUGAUUGUUCUCUCGUGGAGGAGAUCCAACAGUCCCUGAGCUCUGGAAGUCUCUCCACAGAACUGUUGUCUCCUGCUCAGUGGUCAGCUCUGGUCUUCAUCUUACUGUCAUCAGAAAGAGAUCUGGAUGUCUUUGACCUGAAAAAAUACUCCGCUUCAGAAGAGGCUCUUCUGAAGCUGCUGCCAGUAGUCGAAGCCUCAAACAAAACUCUACUAAAUGCCUGUAAUCUCUCUGAGAGGACCUGUGGAGCUCUGUCAUCAGUCCUCAGCUCCCCAUCCUCUAGUCUGACAGAGCUGGAUCUCAGUAACAAUGACCUGCAGGAUGUAGGAGUGACCCUUCUAUGUGCUGGACUGAAGAGUCCACAUUGUGCAGUGGAAUAUCUCAGUCUGUCAGGCUGUCUGAUCACAGAGCAAGGCUGUACUUCACUGGCUUCAGCGCUUACCUCCAACCCAUCCCAUCUGAGAGAGCUGGAUCUGAGCUACAAUCAUCCAGGAGACUUAGGAAUUAAGCUGCUGUCGGCUGGAAUGAAGGGCACAGGCUGGAACCCGGAAAAACUCAGGAUGGAGCCUGCCGGAGUCCAUUGGUUGAGACCAGGAGGUCUAAGAAAAUAUUCCUGUGAACUCACAAUCGACACAAACACCGUAAAUACAAACCUCAAGCUGUCCGAAAACAACAAGAAGGUGAUAUAUGUGAAGGAGGAUCAGUCAUAUCCUGAUCAUCCAGACCGAUUUGAUUAUUGGUCUCAGCUGAUGUGUAGAAAUGAUCUCAAUGGUCGUUGUUACUGGGAGGUUGAGUGGAGUGGAGACAUUUGCAUAUCAGUGAGUUACAGAGGAAUCAGAAGGAAAGGAGGUAGUGACACAGAGUUUGGAUUUAAUGAUCAUUCCUGGAGUCUGCUCUGCUCUGCUGAUGGUCCUCGAUAUGUCUGGCAUAACAAGAGAAUGGAAUCCAUCUCCUCCUCCACCACCACCUCCUCCUCGUCCUCCUCUCCCAUCUCUCACAGAGUAGCAGUGUAUGUGGACUAUCCUGCUGGCAUCCUGUCCUUUUACAGAGUCUCUUCCGACACUCUGAUCCACCUCCACACCUCCAAUACCACAUUCACUGAACCGCUUUAUCCUGGAUUUACAGUCUGUUCUGAUUCCUCAAUGUUUCUAUGUGUAGUUUAGUAUACACACUUUACAGAUGGGUGAAAGUGUAUUAAUUGCUUCUAACAAUCGUAGCUUAUGCAAAUAUGUUUCUCUGCUGCCUACAGUAUCUCCUACAUGCAGCACAGGGUGUACUCUGCCUCUUGCAUAUGACAGCUCGGAAAGGCUCCAUAUUGUGCGUCCUUUUUAGGUAUCUUUAGGUACUAGAUGCUCUCCACACUAAAGGCAGAGUUUGGGCUGCUCUGUGUCAGUUCUUCAUUGAAACUCAAUUUCUCUUUAUUCCUAUAUAUGAACAGAUUUGUAUAGAUAUGAGUUUUUUCUUUUGUUACUUUUGCCCUAAUCUGGCUCAUUAUUGUGUCUUUUGGUUGGUUGAUCCUUAGUUCUUCCAUGUUACCUGUCCUGCUUUACUACUUGUGUUGUAAGUAAAACAAUGGCCAGACUUUCUAUCAAAAUUAACACCAUGUUGAUGGUGACAGCUGUGCUAAAAUAGUUUUCCUGAUUGUGACCAUCUAUGGUUUUUCAUUGUGAACAGAGGAUAUAAAAACGUGUUAAAGAGGCAGUUUCUGGUUCACUGUGUCAAAGAGGGUCUCUUUACAGUUUCAAAUAUGAAGUUUCAUGAUUUUCAGCUUCUGGAGGAGUAGACGUCAAACUCAACAAUGAACAUGAAGAAAACAUCUCUAAGACUUUUGUUUAUGUCUGUCAGUGAGUGCUCUCUGCUCAGCUGUGAUGAAUUACUUGAAUGAAAUGAUGGCAACUAACAAUAUGCCAACUAUUUCGGCUGUCACUGUCAUCAUGUAUACUUACGUAUAGCUAACUUUUAAAAUGUCAUGAACUAUUUUACUCAGAACUGGACUGAGAAUAUCUAGAUCACGGACCUCAAACUUAAAUAAGCUGGCCAGUCAUGUGGCAGCCCUUCUACUAUAAAUUUGUUUGUAUUUAACGGAAUAAAAACGCAAACAUAAAUGUACACAUUAGUUUUUGACUCUCUCACUGAACUAAUAGAUUUAAUCCCUCAACAUGUUUGUACUCUGCUUGUAUUGCCUUCAUAUUAAAUUAUUUUUUUGCUUUUUAAA